CUCUCUGUCUCUCUCUCUCACACACACACAAAUAGUCUACAUUUAGGCCGCUCAGAUUUUUUUCCUCUCCUCUUAGGUUUAGGCAAAUGUGGAAAACUGAGGAUAAAAGAAGGAUUGGUUUUGCUAUAAAAGGGAAAGUGGACUUUCCUUUCUUGACAUGGGGCUUCUGUUCCCAAUUCUUCCCUCCCUCUCUCUAAUUGGUGGCUUCUUUUGAUAUUUUCGUUUCCAUAUAGGAUAUAUUUUUUUCUUGUUUGGAAGCUGGUGUUGUGUGUGAGGAGUUGAGCUCAACAGUGGUGUUAAGCUAAGAGUACAACUGUUUCUUACUCAGCGCACGAAACAAAGAACAUCUCCUGCAGCUCCUCACCCUCUCACUCCAGUACCCAAUAAGGCGAUCGAAAAGAAAAAAUGGCGAGAGAGAAGAUCAAAAUCAAGAAAAUCGAUAACAUCACGGCGAGGCAGGUGACCUUCUCCAAGAGGAGACGAGGGCUUUUCAAGAAAGCUGAAGAGCUUGCUGUUUUGUGCGAUGCUGAUGUUGCCCUCAUAAUCUUCUCAGCCACUGGCAAGCUCUUCGAGUUCGCUAGCUCAAGCAUGAGUGAUAUCCUUGGAAAGUACAAGUUACAUUCAAGUAACCUCGAGAAGAUUGAGCAACCAUCGCUUGAGCUUCAGCUAGAGAAUAGUUGCCAUGUUAGAUUGAGCAAGGAAGUUGCUGACAGGACUCAUCAGCUAAGGCAAAUGAAGGGUGAGGACCUUCAAGGGUUAAAGAUAGAGGAGCUGCAGCAGUUAGAAAAAGUGCUGGAAGCAGGACUAACCCGUGUGCUUCAAACGAAGGGUGAACGCAUCAUGAAUGAGAUCAAUGCCCUUCAAAAGAAGGGUGCAGAACUGUUUGAAGAAAAUAAGCAACUGAAGCAAAAAAUGGCAAUGCUUUAUGAAGGGAAGAGGCCAGUGAUUCCAGACUUGGAUAAAGAUAUGCUGAUAGAAGAAGGCCAAUCUUCAGAGUCCAUUACCAAUGUUUGCAGCUGCAACAGUGGCCCUCCUCCGGAGGAUGACUGCUCAGAUACAUCACUCAAACUAGGGCUACCCUUUAACUAGCCGACGGUGGACAGCUUAUGGGGACCUACCUUUAAAAAUUACUAGUAACAUGGGAUCAAGAAAUGGAGCUCUCUCCAUCUAUAUGUCUAUAUGUUAUCCAAGAUAGUGGUAAAAGUCUAUGGUAGUAUUACUCCUGUCAUAAAAUUAAGAGUCUGCUGUGUAUGGCUGGCUCGAUUGCCUCCAAAGUCCUAAGGUGCAGUAAAAAAGCUCGUGUUGCUUGCACCUGCUUCAACCAGAACUCAAGAUUUGUACUCUCUUGUAUGAACUUGCUUCCGGGCUUCAGCUGAAAAGUUAAUCCUAAUAAUAUGAAAUACUACUGGUUGAACUAUUUAUC